CGACGCAAGUUGUGGGCAAUGGUGGACGAAGAUUGCGGAGGCCGCUUGUGCGUGCCGUCAAACUACUGAUUGCAAUAGUUUUUUUCGGCAAGUACUAUAAACGUCUCGCUAUACGUUCGCCACUUUUGCUUGGUCUGUCCAUACGUUGCGAUCCCUGUAAUUCGUACAGUGGUUAUCAGUGCAUAGUGAAAUCUUUUAUCGCGCCGUUUUUCGUCCGUUUGACGGAAGUUUCAAAAGGGACGUGAGGCUUCUCUCGAUUCGUAGCAGCCGCGAGAAAUGUCGAGAGAUUAAAGCACAGUGAAAUACACGAUCACGGUCGUUAUUUGACUGCAACGAUGAUUGUGCAACGUGAAAAAUAUAUACACAGCCGGGCCAUUGGUGAUCGCUGAGCGGGCACACUAGAAGACGUGAGACCAGUGCCGUAAACAUCGCGAACGUAAAUAUACGGUGUGCGUCUCUGUGUACGUGUUGCAUUACAGACGCCUCUCUAAAUCGCUUAGAAUUUUCGUAAUUUCAAAUUUCCAUCGAAUAAUAUUCGUUCCAUUUCAUAUUUUCGCGAACGAUCGCUCGAGACUCUGUCGAACAGACGAUUCGCGAAAUAGUAUAGAUAAAAGGGAGGUUAGAAUCGAAACGUACGAUAUCGACGGUACUGGGGAACAUCGAGAGUAGUAAGUUUUCCGACGAGUGCGAACUUUCGAAUUCACUCGAGUUAAGGGGGGGGGAUAGCAAUUGUGAAUAUCGAAGUUAUCAAAGUUCGAAGAUAAGGAAGGGCGCGCUAUCUUCGGAAACCAUCGGGCGUCCUACUGCUCCAGGGGUAACUCGGUGGUGCAUAGUCGCGCGGGUAUGAAAAAAUGAUGUGAUCGACGGUCAUCAUGGCGGCACCCAUGCUAAAGUGGAAGCGGAUCACAAAUCCGACCGGGCCCCAGCCAAGACCCAGGCAUGGGCAUAGGGCAGUUGCUAUUAAAGACCUUAUGGUCGUUUUCGGCGGUGGAAACGAGGGCAUUGUCGACGAGCUUCAUGUCUAUAACACGGCAACUAAUCAAUGGUUUGUACCAUCAACAAAAGGCGAUAUUCCACCUGGCUGUGCAGCGUACGGAUUUGUCGUCGAUGGAACUCGUAUUUUAGUCUUUGGUGGUAUGGUAGAAUAUGGAAAAUACUCGAAUGAGCUCUAUGAACUGCAAGCAAGUAGAUGGGAAUGGAAAAGAUUAAAACCAAAGCCACCCAAACAUGAUCCUCCGCCGUGUCCUCGACUGGGACAUAGCUUUACCCUUAUCGGUAACAGGGUUUUUCUAUUCGGAGGUUUGGCUAACGACAGUGACGAUCCCAAGAACAAUAUACCAAGAUAUUUAAACGAUUUGUAUACGCUCGAGUUACUCCCUAACGGAGCAACAGCUUGGGAUGUACCGCAAACACAUGGACAUGCACCACCACCCAGGGAGUCUCAUACCGGCGUGGCUUAUACCGAUCGCAAUACAGGAAAAUCCUGUUUGGUGAUUUAUGGCGGUAUGAGCGGCUGCCGUUUGGGUGACCUAUGGUUUCUUGAUGUUGAUUCGAUGACCUGGAACAAACCAGUGGUUCACGGACCAACUCCGUUACCACGUUCUCUCCACACUGCCACUUUAAUUGGUCAUCGAAUGUAUGUCUUCGGUGGAUGGGUACCGCUUGUUGUCGAUGAUGUUAAAGUUGCAACACAUGAAAAAGAAUGGAAAUGUACAAGUACAUUGGCUUGUUUAAAUUUAGAAACAUUGACAUGGGAGCAACUAACAGUCGACUCCCUGGAAGAAAAUGUUCCCCGUGCUCGUGCUGGUCACUGUGCAGUUGGAGUGCAUAGUAGACUGUACGUAUGGUCUGGUCGAGAUGGAUAUCGCAAAGCUUGGAACAAUCAGGUUAGGGUUUGCUGCAAAGACUUAUGGUACCUCGAAGUCAGUAAACCACCCGCGCCAUCCCGAGUGCAAUUAGUAAGAGCCUCUACGCAAACGUUGGAAGUCAGUUGGACAGCAACACCAUCCGCGCAGUAUUACAUAUUGCAAAUUCAGAAAUAUGACAUGCCUCCAGCAACAACUGGCACAUUUCCUACGGUUAGCACGCAAACCAACACUGCACCCACUACUACACCAGCUGUGGUUACACCUGCAACUGUACCCGUUACAUCUCCGCCCAUUACCACCGUUGCUGCUCUUCCAACGACUCCAACUUCUGCCAGACCAACUAUAGCUCAGACUCCCGUACGAAUACAGUCUACCGUGCAGAGCCCAAUUCAGAAACCAGUAUCAUCGCAAGCCGUAACAAAACCAACGAGUCCAAUGACGCCAAGAGUAACUGGAAAUUUGAUCAGAAUUCGUUCUCCCAUUGUCACUUCGGCACCAGUAACUACCGAACAGCCUGCACCCCCUAAUACCACAGUAGCUGGUCAAACGCCAGCUGCUAUGUCAGGAAUUGCUGCACUGGCUGCAGCGGCUGCUGCUACUCCAAAAAUAAGUAUGAAUAACGUACCAAUCCUUCCACAAGCUGCCGCUAAUACGAUUAGAAUGAAGAAUGUUCAACCAGGCCAACAAAUACGUUUCGCUGCACCUGGAGCAACAGUGCUGAGAACCGCUUCUCCGCAACAAAGUAAACAAAUAAUCCUUCAAAAACCAGGUCAAAAUAUAUCUGGUCAGCCUCAAAUUGUACACCUUCUUAAAACUGGUCAGGGAAUGGUAGCAACUGUGCCUAAGGUCAGUCUCAUUCCUGGCAAAACUGUUCAAGCAACAGGUGCGAAACCUCUUAACCAGGGACCGACGAUAUUACGGUUAGUAAAUCCUAAUACUGUAGCAGGAUCUAAAAUUCUCACUACCAUGAAAACAUCUAGUAUCGUUGCUAUGAGCAAAGGACAAAACAUCAGCGGUAAGCAAACAAUAAUGAUUACAAAACCUGGAGGCAAUGGUGGACUCGUUGGUCGUAAUCAGAUAAUAGUGGUUACAACUGGCUCCGGUUUGAGAGCUGUACAAGCUGUUACCACCUCCCAAGCCGGUACCGGGCAAACGGGUAAUAUCACUACACCCGUAAAUGUUUUACCAUUGUCUGCUACUAAUCACGUGACAAACCAGCAAGGAGUGAAAAUGAUCGUUGUUUCAUCGGGAGCUAUGGGAGGUGGAACUGCAGGAAAGCCUAUCACUAUCACAGUUCCAGGCCAGGGUGGCGUACCAAAGACGGUGACUAUUGCCACCAAGGGAAGUCCACAAGCCAUUUUUAAUCCUGGAAAGAGUCAGAUCGUUACUAUGCCACAAAUACAGAAAACGCCAGAGGCUGUGACUGUGUCUGGCAAACCUGUAACGUUACAAAUGUCUGGUGGAAUAGGUGCAAAAACAGUCACACUCAUGCCCACAAGUAGUUCGAUUGUUACUACUUCGAGUGCAUCGGAUGCGAUAGAUACAAGUAAAAUGUUGUUUGUUCCAUCACAAAAACAACCAUCAGCCUCAUUAGCGUCUACUUCCGAUGGUCCUGCCACUACCGAUGCAGCAUUGGCUGCGUUGGCUGCGGAAGCAGGUUUGAUAGAUCCGGUUCAAGAACCUUCUGGUGGCUUAUCCUUUAUGGUAGCAGCAGAUGAUGGGGGAGCAGGAGAUGGUAAAGUGGAAGAUAGUUGCAACGGGAACGAGGCUACCACGGCAGCUGCUUUGGUUUCUCAGAUGGGAGCUGGUGAACCUAUGCAAGUCGAUGGGGAUGGAAAUUUUGUGAUUCCUCAGGUUGAUGGAGCAGCAGAUAUUCUUUUAUCUGAGGAUGAAGAAACGGAUAAGAUUGAUCUAGAGGAAGAUCCUGUUCCUGAAAAUCAGGAAGAGUCGGCAACUAUAGAAUCCGCGGAUUUGGAGGAAGAUAUUGGCGUUGCAACUGCAGAGGAUGUUCAUAUAGAAGAGACUCCCUCAAAAGAAUCAGAAACUACUUCGGAAGCAGUACCUGAACCUUCUGUUUCAACAAGUACUGCAGAAGAAAUUCCAAUAGAGCCGGAACCUUCUGUCGAGUCUCAGCCAGAUGAAAGUGAAGUACCAAUGGAAACUAUUAACGAACCGGAACCAACGAGUGAAAACGAUAUGCAAAUUGUAACUAAUCCACCAUCCGAAGAAGCACCACCUAAGCCUGAUAUUUCUGAUAUACAAGAACCCGUAGAAGCUCCAUCGGAAGAAGCGUCUAUGCCAGACGCCACGGAACCAUCAGAAAACGAUGAAACUGAACAAAUUGAUAAUGAUCCAAAAGACAUACAUAUGGAUUCAUACAUUUCUGAUCAUGAAAAGUCGCCAGCACCUGAACAUUUAUCGCCUGAGGAUAGCAUAUCGCAACUUUCUCAGGAUGAUAGUCAAGAUGCUGACAAAGUGAAAGAUGAUGGUGCAGAGUCAGUGAUGGACCUUCCCGAGGAAAGUUCUUCAAUGGAAAAAUUGGAAGACAAUGACGAACCCAUGGUUACGGAUACUUCUUUAACUUCCACCGAUGUAAAUAUGCCAAUAACAGUUGCAACUCCCAUUGUAACCCCAGAUAUGCAAAUAAAAUUAGAACUUGACGAGCCAAUGGAACAAGAAAAAAUUCCCGAACCGCCAACACCUAUGAACGGCGUUGCGCCGCUUGAAAAAGAGGUGGAUGUUCAAAAACCAAUGACACCGCUGAAAAUAGAAAUGAGAGAGGAAGCUGUUAAAAAGGAGAGUUUUAAGCAAGAAAAAAUAAACGAUAGCAGAUCGGAAAGUGGAGAUGAUUCUACCGCGUUGACUACAUUAGCUACAGCUGCCUUAGGUUCAGCAGAACAACCAAUGAAAGUAAAAGCUGAACAGAAUGAGGAUGAAAAGAAGGAGGUAGAAUGGUACGACGUGGGAGUAAUAAAAGGAACAAGUUUUACUGUACAACAUUAUUAUUUACCUGGCGAUGAACCGUUAGACAUAACGCAACCAAAUAUGGAUAUUUUCAAAGGGAGAAGCAAAAUUGCCUUAGAACCUGGAACCGCUUAUAAAUUUAGAGUUGCCGCUGUGAAUAGUUGUGGACGAAGUACUUGGAGCGAGGUAUCUGCAUUCAAAACGUGUCUUCCGGGAUACCCCGGAGCACCUAGCGCCAUAAAAAUUUCUAAAUCUGCAGAGGGUGCUCAAAUAUCUUGGGAACCGCCAUCUAGUAACGUUGGACCUAUUUUGGAGUAUUCUGUCUAUUUAGCAGUGCGAAGUGCUAGUACAGCGUUGAAUAACGACGGCGAACCAAGGACAAUUCUAUCGACUCCAAAUCAGUUAGCUUUUAUUAGAGUCUAUUGCGGUUCAAAUAAUUCCUGUUCGGUGACUAAUAGUUCCCUUAGUGCCGCUCACGUUGAUACUACUACAAAACCGGCCAUAAUAUUUAGAAUAGCAGCACGAAAUGAUAAAGGAUAUGGACCAGCGACGCAAGUCAGGUGGUUACAAGCAGAUCCAACCACCGCUGUGAAGAGUAACCCUCAGGUGAAGAGACCUGGUACAGACAUACGCUCACAGGCAAGCUCCCCACAGAAGAAGGUGAAACCAGAAACACCAAGUGAUAACUUUUCGUGAGCCUGUUUUCCCUUUUGGCCUCUUAUAGCCCAAAUAUUCAAACAGCGCUACUCAUUAUUUAAUUUCCGCUGGUACACACGCCUAACAACGAUAAUGAAACAGUGUAUUGUUGAGUAAGCGACGUGAUAUGCGAGUAAAUGAAAGAAAUGAAUGCACGAUAAAGAGCGAUGGAAGAGGUGUCCAUAGCUAGAUUGAGGUAUAAACAUAAGGGUUAAAAAAGUAUUUUAAGUGUUCUAUACGAAUACAAGGUCUUUCUGUACCGCG